GUCGCCGAUGGCCGCUCUGGAAUAGGAAGGAAGCUGUUGUUGGUCAAGAAAAUCGUCUCCGCCUUCCUGCUCAGUCUUCCCGAAAGGCUUGCGGCAAGUACUGUGGGGCGGGGCUGCAAUGGCCGAGCCGCCUCCAAAGGGGCUUCGAGAGGCGCUGGAGGCUCAUUUGCAGGGCCUGGGCAUCCAAGCACUCAGCGUGGAACACCCCGAAGUCUUCACAGUGGAAGAAAUGAUGCCUUAUGUACAACACUUAAAUGGAGCUCACAGCAAAAACCUUUUCCUUAAAGAUAAGAAGAAAAAAAGCUUUUGGCUGGUGACAGUUCUGCAUGAUCGACAAAUCAAUUUAAAUGAUUUGGCAAAGAAACUGGGUGUUGGAAGUGGGAACCUGCGCUUUGCUGAUGAAGCAGCCAUGUUGGACAAACUGAAAGUUGGCCAAGGAUGUGCAACCCCCUUAGCUCUUUUCUGUGAUCAGGGAAAUGUGAACUUUGUUUUGGAUGCUGGAUUUCUGCAAGGAGGUCAUGAUAGGAUUUAUUUUCACCCAAUGACCAAUGCAGCAACUAUGGGCCUGCACCCAGAUGACUUCCUAAAAUUUCUGAAGUCUACAGCACAUGAACCCAUAAUUGUGCAUUUUGAUGAAAGCCACAAAUAAGCUUUUUAACCCAAGAGUAACUGGGUG